AUGGGGAUGAUCAAUGUUACCGUCCCGUCGUUGCAGAGUUUAUCACUCCAUAUACCUAAUUAUGAUGAUCUGCUAGAUGGGUUAGUGAUAGAUACUCCUUCUUUGAAGUAUUUAGAGCUUACGGACUAUAGAAAGUCGAAUCAUCACUCAUGUUUGAUUGAGCAUAUGCCUAAGCUUGUGGAGGCAAAUGUAGAUGUUAGCAUCCCUGAUAUCGAGAGCCUUAUCGGAUCAAUCACAUCUGUCAAACGUCUCACGUUAUCUUCAGAGGCUGUGUAUGGUGGCAGUUUUGUCUUCAACCAGCUAGAAUAUUUGAAGCUAUGUGCAGACACUGAAUAUGCAUCGAAUCUCCUUGUCCAGUUGCUCCAAGAUUCUCCUAACUUACGAUUUCUAUCGGAAGAUAAUCCAAAUGUUUACGAGGAACAUCCAGAUACAGAUACAGAUUCAGAGAUGUCUCAUGUCGAUCAAGCAUGUAAACCGAGGAAAAAUCUCUCAAAUAAAGAGAGAUGGGCAGUGUACAAUGCUUUGAUGGCGAGAACUAAUGGUGGGAAAAGGAGAAAAACUACAACGCGGGAAGUCUCCGAUUUAUUAUCGGUACCAAUGAAAACGGUGCAAAGAAUUUGGAAUCGGGCAAAAGAAACUUCUCAUGGUGGCGGUGUAGAUGUUUCUCAUAAAAGAGGUAAUUCUGGUCGGAAGCCAAUACCUCUUGAUUUGGAUAAAAUUCCUGCUACUCCAUUACAUAUGAGAACAAAUCUAAGGUCAUUCUCAGUAUCUGUGGGUGUGAGCGCUUCGACAUUACAGAGACGUGUCAAAGAAGGGCUUCUUCGACGUCAUACCAAUGCCAUUAAACCAAGUUUGACGGAGGAAAAUACUAUGAAGAGGCUAGAGUUUUGUUUGUCCAUGUUGGACAAAGACACUUUGUUUCAUGAACCAAAAUUCGUUGAUAUGUACAAUAUUGUACAUAUAGAUGAAAAAUGGUUUUAUAUGACGAAGAAAAUGGAGAAGUAUUAUCUACUUCCAGAAGAAGAAGAUCCACAUCGCACUUGUCAAAGUAAGAAUUUUAUUACAAAAGUGAUGUUUUUGGCUGCAAUGGCUCGACCUAGGUUUGAUGAGGAAGGAAAUGAGACAUUUUCUGGAAAAAUAGGAAUAUUUCCCUUUGUUUCUUUGGAACCAGCUAAAAGGCGAAGUAAGCAUAGAGCUGCUGGAACUCUCGAGUGGAAAGCGUCAACUUCCGUUAAAAGAGAGCAUGUAAAAGAUUUCUUGAUUAAUAAAGUCAUACCGGUGAUUCACGAAAGGUGGCCAAAAGAAGAUCUGGGGAAGACUAUUUUUAUUCAACAAGACAACGCAAGGACGCAUAUUAAUUGUGGUGAUAAGGAUUUUGAAGAAGCUGCUUCCAAAACUGGUUUUGAUAUCCGAUUGAUGUGUCAGCCACCGAAUUCACCAGAUCUAAAUAUUUUGGAUCUUGGAUUUUUUUCUGCCAUUCAAGCUUUACAACAUAAGGCCUGCCCCAAAACAGUUGGAGAUCUUGUUCGUGCCGUGAAAGAGUCAUUUGUCGAAUACCCUUCUAAAAAGGUAAAUUAUAUUUUUUUAACUCUUCAAACAUGCAUGAGAGAAAUCAUGAAGGCUGGAGGAACGAACAAGUACAAAAUACAGCAUAUGCAGAAAGAUACACUCGAAAGAGCUGGUCUCCUUCCUAUUCAAAUCGGGUGUGAUGCUUCACUAGUCCAGAAUGUGAUGGACAUGUUGGAGUUAGCAAAUUAG